GAAUAUCAUCAUCAUUAAGGUAAUUACAGAGUAUCGAAAAAAAAUUGGACAAUUUGCAGAAUAGCUGAGGCAGUGCUAUGAAGAUUUUCACUCUCAAACGAAACUCCGUUGGGAAUAGUUGGAUUUUUCAGACUUCGGCAGACACCUGGAUGGUCCAUCUUGAGAUAUUCUACAAGAAAGGAUUUUACCUGUUGAAAGUUCAGUGAAAAAAAAAUUGUGAAUCUGUGAAGUGUUUUAAAUAUUUUGUGAUUAUUUUUUAUUUUUAUUUUUUUUUAAUCAAAAUAGUGGCAAGUGUUUGAAAAGCUUUUCAAUUUUUAAUUUAAAUAAUUUCUUCUAUCUGCAAAAGUGAAGUGAUUUUGUGUUCUUGAGAAAAUAUCAAUGCCAAAAUGGGCUCAAUGGGAAUUUUGUCUUUCAGUAUCAAUGGCAAGCCUUACAAUGUACCGGCCAGUGAAAUUUCUGUCGACACGUCCCUCAAUACCUUCAUCCGGAAUCGAGCUAAUCUCACUGGGACAAAAUUCAUGUGUCUGGAAGGAGGGUGUGGGGUGUGCAUUGUUGUUCUCAAGGGCAUCCAUCCAGUGACAAAAGAGAAGACUACAUGGGCUGUUAACUCAUGCCUCUUUCCCGUAUUUUCUUGCCAUAACUUGGACGUAAUCACGGUGGAAGGGUUGGGAAAUGUUAAAGAUGGAUAUCAUCCUAUCCAGGAGCGCCUGGCAAAUCUCAAUGGUACACAGUGUGGAUAUUGUUCCCCGGGAAUGGUUAUGAAUAUGUACGGAUUGCUAGAGCACAAAGGCGGGAAAGUAACCAUGGAUGAAGUGGAAAAUUCCUUUGGGAGCAACAUUUGUCGUUGCACAGGAUAUCGUCCCAUUCUCGAUGCUUUUAAAUCCCUGGCCACGGAUGCUGAUGAAAAAUUGGUGGCUCUUUGUUGUGACAUUGAAGAUUUGCCCAAGAAAUGCCCUAAAACUGGACUAAAAUGCGAAGGAAGGUGUCAUCCACCUGAGAAAAAGUUCUUCAAAGGCUCAGAAUCUAAAGAAUGGCACAAAGUUCUCAAUCUUCAGGACAUUUUCACCGUCUUCCAGAAGUCUGGAGACAAAAAGUACAUGCUCGUAGCAGGCAAUACAGCUCAUGGAGUCUAUCGUCGUGAUCCUAACAUUGAGGUCUUUAUCGAUGUCAAUUCCGUUGACGAACUUCGAAAGCAUUCAAUUGGGGAGACUCUGGAACUUGGCGGGAAUAUGAAUCUUACAGAGAUGAUGGAAAUUCUAGAAAAAGCUGCUUCAACAAAGCCGGAAUUCGAAUACUGUCGUGUUCUUAUUAGGCAUAUCGAUGUUGUUGCAAGUGUUCCAGUACGAAAUACUGGAACAAUUGCUGGGAAUCUCAGCAUCAAGCAUGCUAAUAUAGAAUUCCCAUCUGAUAUUUUCCUCAUUCUGGAAGCAGUAGGAGCCAAAUUGACUAUUGUCGAUGGUAGUGGGAAGACAAUGGUUGUUUCCCUCGUCGAUUACUUGAAGAUUGAUAUGAAUAAGAAGAUCAUUCUGAAGGUUACACUUCCUGCUUUUGACCCUUCUCGAAUUUUCGUGCGAAGUUUCAAGAUUAUGCCUCGUGCCCAAAACGCCCAUGCUUAUGUAAAUGCGGCUUUUGUGUAUGAAUUUGCUGAUGCUUCUAAAGAAAAGCUUCUGAAAGCUACUAUUUGCUUUGGUGGAAUAAAUCCCAAUUUUGUGCAUGCUACCGAAACAGAAAAGCUCCUUCAAAAUGUAAAUCUCUUUGAUGAUAGCUUUUACCAGAAAGUCCUAAGUGUAUUGGGGGGAGAAUUGAAUCCGGAUUGGGAACUUCCGGAUGCCUCUCCAGAGUAUAGAAAAAAUCUCGCAUUGGCUCUAUUUUACAAGAGUUGCCUGGAUUUAUGUCCAGAGGGCAAAUUGAAGCCAGAAUUUAAGAGUGGUGCUACACAAAUAGACAGGGAAAUAUCUUCUGGAACCCAGACUUUUGAUACAUAUGAAAAGAACUGGCCACUCACGAAACCAGUGAAGAAAUUAGAGGCUCUUAUUCAGGUAUCCGGUGAGGCAAAAUACAUGAAUGAUCAUCCAUAUCGUGAUGAUGACUUGUGGGCGGCUUUUGUGCUAGCAACAGAGGCCAAGGUCAAGAUUGCGCAAAUUGAUCCAUCCGAAGCUCUCAAAGUUCCCGGAGUUGUUGCCUUUUUUAGCGCGAAAGAUAUUCCUGGGAUAAAUAGUUUUGUGUCCAUGAAAGUGCCGUUUACCACGGCAAAUGAAGAAAUCUUCGCUAGUGACAUUGUAGCCUUCCAUGGACAACCUGUGGGAGUAAUUGUGGCUGAUAGUCUAUCUCUAGCACAAACAGCCUCAAAGCUCGUCAAGGUUAUUUACACGAAACCACAAAACCGGGAACUCCUCGUGACUUUAAAGGAUGUUAUGGAGGCUAAAGCAUGGCAUCGGAUUGCCAGUGAGUUGCAUACAAAGCCUAAAAAUCCGACAAAGUAUCAGGGUGUGAAAGGAAGUCAUCAGAUAAGUGGAAGAUUUGACAUCGGAAGUCAAUAUCACUACACAAUGGAGCCCCAGACUACAGUGUGUGUUCCCGUGGAGGACGGGAUUGAUGUAUUCAGUGCCACCCAAUGGAUGGAUCAGACCCAGGUGGCUAUAUCAGAUUGUCUCAAAAUGCCCGAAAAUGCCAUUAAUCUUCAGGUGCGUCGUGUUGGAGGUGCCUAUGGUGCGAAAAUCACACGAUCAGCCCAAGUGGCUUGUGCAGCAGCCUUGGCAUGUCAUCUCUUGAGACGCACUAUUCGCUUUGUCAUGUCCAUUGAGCAGAACAUGACGGCAAUUGGCAAAAGAUAUGCCGUGGCUUCUGAAUACGAAUGCGAAGUAGACGAUUCUGGCAAAAUUCUCAAGUUGAAAAAUUCCUUUAUGGAAGACUUCGGCUGCUCCCCCAAUGAAGAUGUUACAUCGUUUGCCAAUAAAGCUUUUCUCAAUGUCUACGAUGGGGAUGCAUGGGAUGUGAAGUCUCAAUUGAUCCUAACAGAUGCCCCUGGAAAUACUUGGUGUCGUGCUCCGGGAAAUCUUGAGGGAAUGGCCAUGGCUGAGAAUAUCAUGGAGCACAUAGCACAUGUAACGAAGCGGGAUGUUAAUGAGAUUCGCCUCCUCAAUAUGCCCAACGACAGCCCCAUGAAGAAGUACUUCACAGAUUUCCGACAGUCAACAGAUUUCGAUGCUAGGAGGAAAGAAAUUGAUGCUUUCAAUGAGGCUAAUCGCUGGAAGAAGAGAGGUAUCUCCAUUGUCCCAAUGACUUUCCACCUGGAGUACUUUUUCACCAUGCCUGCUCUUGUAUCUGUUUAUCAUGGUGAUGGAUCUGUAUCAAUAACUCACGGUGGGAUUGAGAUGGGUCAAGGAAUCAAUACAAAAGCAGCACAGGUAGCUGCCCAUAUUUUGGGGAUUCCCUUGGAGAAGGUUGCUGUAAAGGCUUCCAGUGUUCUAACAGCACCUAAUUCCUUGGUGAGCGGAGGCAGUUUGGCUAGUGAUUGUGUGCCUUUUGCUGUAAUGAAAGCUUGCCAGGCUCUUCUAGAGCGAAUGAAGCCCAUCAAGGAGAAGAUGAAGGAGCCAAAAUGGGAGGAACUUUGUGGGGCAUGCUUCCUCAAUGGAGUGGAUCUUUGCGCGACCUACAUGUUCCGUCCUGGUGAUGCGCAGGAAUAUCAUAUUUGGGGAGUAGCAUGCACAGAUAUUGAAGUAGAUCUCCUGACUGGAAAUAUUCAGCUCCGUCGUGUGGAUAUUCUCGAAGAUACCGGAGAGAGUUUGAGCCCAAAUGUGGAUGUUGGUCAGGUUGAGGGUUCAUUUAUCAUGGGCGUUGGGUACUGGCUCCAUGAGAGCCUUGUCUUUAAUCGCCAAAAUGGUGAACUACUGACAAAUAGAACUUGGACCUACAAACCUCCUGGAGCUAAAGACAUUCCUGUGGACUUUAGGAUUACCUUCCUUCAGAAGAGUUCUAAUCCAGGUGGUGUGCUUCGGUCGAAAGCAACAGGAGAGCCUGCAUUGUCAAUGGCUUGUGGUGUUAUCUUUGCUCUUCGUCAUGCUCUCAAUUCUGCCCGUAAAGAUGCUGGACUUCCUCCAGAUUGGUACAAUAUUGGAUCACCAUCAACACCCGACGAGAUUUUCUUGAGAGCUGGAAACAAGGUGGACGACUUCCGUUUUAUGUAGAUUUUUCAAAUCAACAAUCUCUUAACAAAAUAUUUCAUAAAGUAAAAUUUUGUUCUAUUUUUACUAAUUUUUCUGAGCCAUCGAGAGACAUACUACUAAAUCACUACCAGACAAAUCUUAUGAACCUUAUGUAUAUUCUACAAAAUUAUCUUGUAUUUUUUUGCAAAUAUGUUUAAUAAAGGGUAGUAGGGUGCAGUAAAUGUGA